GGUUUGUCCGGAGACCGUUCGGCGUCAUUCGAGUGACACUACUUAUUAGGGUUCAUGGGGGGGAAUUCGAGGGCGAAUUCGCCGUCUUUCUACCUCCGCGGCGCGAUCCGGAAGCCCAAUCUGCGAUCCCGAGACCACGAGGGCGCGAUGGAUACGGGUCAAGUGCUCGUGGAAAUCCAGCCUCAAGAAGAACUUAGGUUCACAUUUGAGUUAAGGAAGCAGAGUUUUUGUUCUGUUCAACUUGUCAACAUAUCCAAUGAUUAUGUUGCAUUCAAGGUUAAAACAACAUCUCCUAAGAGAUACUGUGUGCAACCAAAUAUGGGCAUCAUUCUACCAAGAUCAACAUGCAACUUUACAGUUACUAUGCAAGCGCCGAAGGAAACUCCAUGUGAUAUGCAAUUAAAAGAUAAGUUCCUUGUUCAGAGCACAGUCAUUCCAUUUGGUACUACUGAUGAGGACAUUGUACCAAGUUUUUUCUUUAAAGAAAAUGGUAAAUAUAUCCAAGAAAACAAGUUGAGAGUUGCCCUUAUCAGCCAUCUACAUCCUCCACCACCAGAAAAUAGAACUUUGAGGCAGGAGCCAGCUCAUGAUAUUCCUGAUUUGGCUGAGAUUUCUAUUGCCACUAAUGGCAUUUUGAAACAUGAACCAGCUGAAGAAGUUCCCAUUUUGAUAGAAACUUCUAUCUCAAACAGUGGUGUUCUGAAACAGGAGCUUGAUCAUGAAAGAGAGAUGUCAAAAGAGACUUGUUAUUUUAGUGAUCAAACACUUGGUGGAGUAGCAGAUGUAACCCCAUCUCUUGUGGCCGAAGAUAUUGAUGAGUUGAAGUUGAAACUCAAUAAUCUCGAAGCAAAAUUCAAUGAGGCUGAGAAGACAAUAACAAGUAUGAGAGAAGAGAAUAUUGCAGCCAUUCAAGACAGAGAUAAAUUUCAACUAGAAAUUGCUGCGCUGAGAAGGAAAUAUGUUGUCAACGUUCAAUCCGGUUUUCCAUUUUCGUUUAUAGUAUUCGUGGCACUAGUUACUAUGGCAUUUGGAUAUCUACUGCACCCAUGAAAUCCAUCUCAAUGCUCAAGCCUGGCUUAGUUUCAUCAGAGCUAGAAACUAUAAUUUGUAAGCAAAAAGAUUACAAUUCCAAUGUCAAAUGUCAAAUAUUACAA